GAAAGUGCAUUUAUAAAGAGUGGCGCUCUGUGACCUUUUUUACUACCUAUAUUUCUGCAGCAAUUUCAGUUUCUUUCUUUCUUUUAAGCAUAUAGAAAAAAAAAAGCAUAGAAUAGAUAGAGAUGGCAAAGGAAAAGAAAGAAAAGAAAGAAAAGAAGGAGAAGAGGAAGGCCUCUGAAGAGUCUGUUGAGCCAGUUUCUGGAGAAAAGCAAAAACAAAACGAUGAUUCAUUCAAUGUGCUGACUGAAAUGACAGCAGUGGCCUUGGAUAAUGGAAACGAACCAGCUGAAAAGAAAAAGAAGAGCAAAAAGACAAUGACAGAAGAAGAAAAGGAAGAACAACGUAGGAUUAACAGAGAAAGCAGAGAAAAGAAAAAGUUGAAAAAGGAGCUCAACAAGAAGCGCAAGAGAGGUGAAUUAGUUGAAGAAGAAGAAGAAAAAGAAGCUGUCAAGGUAGAUGAUGACCAAAAUGAUACAACUAUAGAAGAAGAGAGAAAGAUCAAAAAGCCCAAGAUAGAGAAAAAAGAAAAGGAACCAGAAUAUGGUGUUUGGGUCGGUAAUCUUGCUUUCAGUACAACAACAGAUACCAUCAAGGACUUUUUCAAAGAUUGCGGAAAAGUAAAGCGUAUGAGAUGUCCUAAAGGAAAUGGGGUCAAGAAUAACAAUAAAGGUUUUGCCUAUGUUUUCUUUUCUACAUCUGAAGAACAAGCAAAGGCUAUUGCCAAGUCAGAACAGGAAUUAGAAGGUCGUGCUCUGUUGAUCAAGGCUGAAGAUAACUUUGAGCGAGCAGAUGGAAUAAAACCACCCACAGAAAAAGAAAAGAAGGAGAUCAAGAAACAAAAGAAUCCUCCUUGUCCAACCCUUUUCUUGGGUAACUUGAGUUUUGAAGCAACAGAACAAUCAAUUCGUGAAGCAUUCGAAUGGGCAGGAGAUAUUCGUAAGGUGCGAGUAGCUACCUUUGAAGACUCUGGAAAGUGUAAAGGAUUUGCAUAUGUGGACUAUUUUACAGUAGAAUCUGCUACAAAGGCUAUCCGUGCCCCAGAUAAGCAUGUCUUGGGCGGCCGUAAGUGUCGUGUAGAAUUUGCUAGCGAAGAAGCUCAUAUGAGAUCAAAGCCUUGGUUAUUGCGACAACAGAAGCGUGGCCCCUCAAAUAAAGAACAAACGAACGAACCAUCUGAGCCAACUAUGCGACCAAGGAAGACAGACAGAGAAGAAAGAGCAGAAAGAAUAGAGAGAAAAGAAAGCCAACCAGAAAAGAAGCUCAAGAAUGAACGUGUGAAGCCAGGAGAGGCUUUAUAUUCUGCUCAAAGACAAAAGCCAACUGUCCAAGAGUUCAAGGGUAAAAAGACUGUAUUUGAAUAAAAUACAAUGUUUGCCACAGUCUGUGUAUUUUUUUCUUCUUUUUUCUAUAUAAUAAAAAAUGUCUGGCAGAAGAGAUAACGUCAUCUUGGAUACUUCUAUGGGUUCAAUUCACAUUGAACUCUACUGGGAUCAUGCACCA